UCGGACUUUUUUCAUUCGUUUUUACAUAUUCUUUAUUAGGAAUACCUAAAGGAAUGACCAGAAAUGAUCAUUUCGAAAGGAAAAUGGUGUUUCAAAUUUUGUUUUUCGUUCAUUAAAACCCUAAUUAGAGAUUCGCGUCAGACAUGUUAAAUAAUCAAUCGGAAUAUUUGUUUCAGAAAAGAAAACUAGCAUUUACGUUGAUUGCCCUAACAUCGACAGGCUUCUUCAAAUCAAAUCGUGAAAUUCCACAGUUGUCGAGGGGGUAGUGAUUACAACCCCUCUCGAAUUGCGCCGUUUGAAGUGGGAAAGAUAUAAAAGACUGAUCCCGAUUGAACAUCCACGCAUUUGAAGAAAACUUAGUCGCGCUGAAAAGUUAUUUUCCAGAAACGAAAAUGCAUCGAUUAGUGUUCAUAUUGGUAGUUUUCGGCAUUUUUGGUUUGUGCAUCGCUCAGCUGAAUUUCACCCCGAAUUGGGGUAAACGAUCAUCAUCAACAACUACAGACGUGGACAGCUGCAGGACUUCAAUGAUCGAUUCGAUGAUGGUCAUCUAUAAAAUGAUUGAGAAUCAAGCACAAAAGUUGAUCGAAUGUGAGAAAGGAGGAAACUAAAAUGCAGCCCCACUGCUAUCUGAUAUUUCAACCAUUCUGGGAAUUCCAUUAAAUUGAAAUAUUUUUUGUAAAUGAUAAUUUAUUUGCAAUGUUCUAUUUUGAAGUUCACUAAAUAAUUAUUUGAAUAUAUAUUGCAUUAAUUGU